AAAUUAAAAUGCCAUUUGAAAUAGGAUCGAGGGAGUAACUUUUUUCGAAUCUACUGGACCCAAGUUACAAUAUUUAGUUUUAAAAGGUCCAAAAAAGAGAAAGAAACAAACAUUUCCUUAGAUGACAAGGGAAGCGAAAUUGCAGAGAAAUAUGAAUAAAGUCGUAAAAAUAUGAAAGUUGAUGUCGUUUAGCUCAAGAAGUAUCUGUCAACAAACAAAAAAGAAGUGCGUAAAUUUCAUUUGAUCGGUCGAAGGUUCUAGAAGAUGUCGAAGGAGAACGAACCAGCAAAGCUUCUAUUACCGUACCUUCAACGCGCCGAUGAGUUGCAGAAACACGAACCUCUCGUCGCUUACUACUGUCGAUUGUAUGCCAUGGAGCGAGGAUUGAAGAUUCCUCAAAAUGAGCGUACAAAGACCACUAAUUCACUACUUAUGUCUCUUAUAAAUCAACUUGAAAAGGAUAAGAAGUCAUUGCAACUGGGGCCUGAUGAUCAUUUACAUGUGGAGGGAUUUGCCUUGAAUGUUUUCGCGAAGGCAGACAAACAAGAUCGAGCUGGGCGAGCAGACUUGAAUACAGCAAAGACGUUUUAUGCUGCUAGUAUCUUCUUUGAGAUCCUUUAUCAGUUCGGUGAACUCCAGCCUGAUCUUGAGCAGAAGCAGAAGUAUGCAGCUUGGAAGGCAGCAGAUAUAAGGAAAGCGUUGAAAGAAGGAAGGAAGCCUGUACCAGGCCCUCUGGGUGGUGAAGGAGAUUCAUCAGAGCUGUCCAGUGCACAAAGUGAUACAUAUGAUCUUCAACCUAGUAGAACUGAUUCAGUCAUCAAACCUCCACCAGAAUCAGACUCGUUGAAUCCCACGUUUGACAAUGCACAGUAUUCUGCAAAUAGACCGUCUCCUCCAGCAGCAACCCCACCACCACCUCAUUUACACAUCCCUCCACCUCCGUCAGUCACCACACAAACACCACCUUCACACAUCCCUCUAUCACCUCCGGCAGCCAUCACACAGACACCUCCUUCACACAUUCCUCCAUCACCCCCUUCAUAUCCUGGUGAUGAGUAUCCUUCACAUAACGACUAUUCUUCUCAUAAUGACUAUUCCCCUCAUAAUUUUCAGCAGCCUCCAUCAGUUAAUGCAACUGAAAGUUCUUACUCCCCAUCGUAUCAUCAUCAGCCUUAUGCGCAAGAACCACCGUCUCACUUGCCACAGCAGCACCACCCUUCGCAAUUCCCCAAUUUCCAGUCGUAUCCUAGCUUUGCAGAGAGCAGUCUUCCUUCUGCACCAUCACAUUACCCUUCUUACUAUCAAGGCGCUGAUGCUUCGUAUUCCACAGUGGCUGCAUCUAGCAGUGUAAACUAUCCAUCAAACACUCAAUACAGCUUAAGCGACAGAAAUGGGACUGCAUCAGAAACUGCAUCUGCUCCUGUGAAAACAUAUGAAUACGACAGCAAUUACCAGCCUCCUCCCGAGAAAAUAGCUGAAGCGCACAAGGCUGCAAGGUUUGCUGUCGGGGCUCUGGCAUUCGAUGAUGUUGCUAUUGCUGUAGAUUACCUCAAGAAAUCACUUGAGUUGUUGACAAACCCAUCAGCUAGUCAAUGAAGUGUGUUGUGCUAAACUGCUGGUGGACUAACCGAGUGCUUAUACAUUUUUCUGAUGUUGUUCACUGUUUGGUUUAAUUUGUAACUUGGCUUUCAUCGAUUGCUCUACUGUUUUAUAUUGAAACUGUGUUUGCAGCUAUGUAUGCAGAUCAUUAUGGUGCUUCUGCACUUUAAUUUGUUUGAUGAACAAAUAUAGGUUAAUUCUGAAA